AUGUCCGAUUCCUCUGUCCCAGACAGUACUCCUCAGGGUAUGAAUUGCCCAGCGUUCAAUCCCCCCCCUCUCGACGGAAGCUAUACAGUCCCGGAAUUAUUCGGCUACAAUGCGAAGCGCAAUCCUGAACACCCGCUUUUCGUGUUUGCUGAUGGUGAGAGAAAGACUAGGACGAUAUGCUUCGCCGAGGCCUGGAGAAUGAUCCGACGUACUGCACGCAAUAUUCAAGGCCAUUACAAGGACCUGCAAAACUCCAACGAUGUUCAAAAGAUCAAUAAACCCUUAGGACAAGGAUGCAUAAUUGGCAUUCUUGCUGUUGGAGAUACCAUCAGCUACUUCUGCACAAUCGUGGGUAUCAUGCGCCUCGGCCUUGUCCCUUUCCCAAUAUCAAUACGCAACUCUGCCGUUGCUGUAGCACACCUUGUCAAGGAAUCAAAUAUUACUCAGCUGCUCGUGAGCCCCGAUCCUGCCAUGCAGCAUCUCGCCUCCGACGCCAUAGCGAUUCUUCGACGAGAUGAAAUCUAUCUGGAGACGCUCCCAAUGACUCAGUUUGUCGAUAUCGCGGACGAAAGUCACCUAAACCCGGAGGUGGAACUUAAUUUCGAGAAACUGAAUCUGGACGGGGUUGCAUGCCUGUUGCAUUCUUCAGGGUCAACCUCAUUUCCCAAGAUCAUCACUGUCACAAACCGCACAGUCUUACAGUGGGCAGCGCUUCCCUGUUAUGGUCAGGUUGACUUAUGUGGGAUGAUCAUGGGUGUGCACGUCGUUCCUCUUUUUCAUGUGAUGGGAAUUGACAAUAUAUUUAGAGCUGUAGCCACAGGCAUGGUUCUCGGUGUAUAUAAACCAUCAUCCCCUCCGGUCAUUCCAACACCAGAGUCUUAUUUGGAGGAAGCGCUUGCCACCAAUAGUAGUAUAAUAUACUGUGUACCCUCCUUUGUUGAGGCCUGGUUUCGCGAGCCCAGUAACAUACCAGCCAUAAAGUCUUUUCGAGCUAUAUCGUUUGGUGGUGCACCACUGAACAAAGCUAUUGGAGAUCAACUUGCGAACAUGGGUGUUGCGCUAUUCCCGUUCUACGGCUCUUCUGAGACUGGUUGCAUCAGCAUGUUCAUGCCCUCAGACGUGCCUAGCACCGACGAGUGGGAAUAUUUCAAAAUCUCGCCUCGUCUUGUAGUCGAGAUGUUGCCUCAGGAAGGCAUGACCGACGUGUUCGAAAUCGCUAUCAUACACACCCCGCAUUCGAAGCCAAAUGUUAUAAAUUCGUCAACAGGCGAUGGGCGAGGCGCCUACCGGACGAAUGAUUUGCUCCAGCGGCACCCACAAAACCCUUUAUUGUGGAAAGUGUUCGGACGCGCAGACGAACAGUUGAUGUUGUCCAAUGGCGAAAAGACGAAUCCUGUUCCACUAGAGGCGAUCUUGGUGCGAGACACCCGCGUCGCAUCUGCCAUCAUGUUCGGUCGGGGUCGGUUCCAGAACGGUGUUUUGAUUGAACCGAAGAAAGAGUUUGCUUUCGACCCACGAGAUGAAGUGAAACUGGCAGAGUUUAGGAAUAUAAUAUGGCCAUCGGUGGAGAAGCUGAAUCAAUUUGCACCAGCACAUUCAAGGUUGUUCAAAGAGAUGAUCAUUGUCAGCAGCCCAUCCAAGCCGUUCGAAUACACCCUCAAAGGAACGCCGAGACGUCCAAUAGUAAUCAAGGCAUAUGAACAAGAGAUCAACGAUUUAUACAAUUCAAUAGUCGACUCAUCUCAAACCGAUCUGCCGACUCCGCUGAAAUGGACAGAGAACGAGACGCUCGACUUCAUCCGUCUCGUAGUCAGAAAUGUGAUCAAGUCCAAACCAGACGACAAUAUCGAUAUCUUUCAGGAAGGAUGUGACAGUCUUCAAGCGACAUAUAUCCGAAAUUCGGUCGUCCAUGCCCUCAGGCGGUCGACGACCAUCUCAGUCUCCGGUAUCGCAAACAAUUUCGUGUACAUCAAUCCCACAAUUGCGUCUAUGAGCGCGUUCGUCUCGAGGAUGCUCAAUCCCAAAGGUGAACAAUCUCUACCACGACCUCAAUUUCAAACAAAGACCCAGGAGAUGAAGCAGCUGCUGAGAAAAUAUACAAACGCGUUCCCUGUUCACAUUCCGGCUCUCGGUGAAAACGAUCAAGCACAGGUCAGCGAUGCCGUUCUCCUAACGGGUUCGACUGGCCGCGUGGGGUGCCACUUGUUGGCCCAACUCAUCUCGAACGGAUCGGUCACGAAAGUGUAUGCCUUGAAUCGGAAAGGACGUUCUGAUGUGAAAAGGCGCCAGAGGGAGGCAUUCCGCAUGUGGGGAUUGGAUGUUGAGCUUGCGGACUUCGCCAAGGUGAUGUUUUUGGAAGGAGAUCUGUCGAAAGCAGAUCUAGGUCUUGGGCAACAGAUAUAUGGAGAAAUCAAGCAAACGAUUACCGGCAUUAUCCACAAUGCCUGGCAUGUGGAUUUUAACUUGGCAUUGUCCUCAUUCGAACCGCUUAUCUCGAGCGUUCACAAGAUGGUCUCUCUUUCCCUCGGCUCGUCACAUCUGACACCCCCUCAUAUCUUAUUCGUCAGUUCGAUCGCAGUUUUUGCAAACCAUACUUCCGCCGCUGCGGAAGAAGUACCAAUCGACGACCCAACUGUAUCUGUCGGGACUGGGUAUGGUGAGAGCAAGUGGGUGGCAGAGAGUAUUCUGCUGCACGCGAUGAAGGAGAGAGGCGUUCGAAUCAACAUCGUGCGCGUCGGUCAGUUGUGUGGAGAUUCCCUCGUUGGAAGAUGGAAUCAGAAGGAGUGGGUGGCUUCAAUGUUCCGCGGCUCUCAAGUCAUAGGCGCCGUACCACAGAGAGAUGAGGUCGGUGUCAGUUUCGGAUGUGCAACGAAGGAGACUCAUGUGACAGCACAGGCGAUCUCGUGGCUUCACACGGAUGUCGCAGCUUCUGCUGUGUUGGACAUUCUGGGCUCCGACCGGCUUGUUCUCCACCUCGUGCACCCGAAGCCUGUCGACUGGAGCCUGAUAUCAACUACUGCAUCAGCGCUCUUGAAGGUUCCGUCCAUCCCCUACCUUGAAUGGCUGUCCAAAUUAGAGCGAGCGCACAAGGACUCUAUAUCUGACCCUGACGCGCUCGAGAAGAAUCCAGCCUUGAAACUGAUCGACUUCUUCUCGGGGAUGAAGAAUUCGGUUGUCCUUCGUACUGAUCAGGCUGUAGAGGUUUCAUCUCGUUUGAAGGCAGCCAAGGCUCUCAAAGGGGAUGACGUAGAGAAAUGGGUCGCUUACUGGCAAAGUCUCGGGUUUCUCGCUGCAUAA